AUGCCGCCACCGAAGAACAGUGGAGUUCCUGACACCAGUAUUUCUUCAGGUUUGCAUUCAAGCUGGCCACCGACAGCGCCCUGGGAAAGGAAAGAUGGUGCAUCGGCGGUCAGUGAGAGGGAGGGCGAGGCGCAGAAGAGCAAGCCUACUGCGGCGUCUGCAGCAGGCAUGGGUCCCGCAAAGCCUUCAACAACACAAGAAACUUCCACAACAAAGCCGAAGAAGAGCAAGCUUCGACCGCGAAAGGCUCCAAUCACAUUGACACCUAAGGCUGUGGAACAACUACAGGGCUUGUUUGAUUCACCGGAAAAGAAGCUCAUUCGGGUAGGAGUGAAGAACAGAGGCUGCAGUGGAUUGGCAUACCAUUUGGAAUACGUGGACAAGCCUGCAGCUUUUGAUGAGACAGUGGAGCAAGAUGGCGUCAAAGUCUUGAUUGAUAGCAAGGCGUUGUUCAGCAUCAUUGGGAGUGAAAUGGAUUGGCAGGAGGAUAAGCUUAGUGCGCGGUUCAUCUUCAAGAACCCUAACAUCACCGAGCAAUGCGGAUGCGGCGAAUCAUUUAGCAUUUCAUGA